AUGCAGAUCCUCUCUAUCCAAAAGCGUAUCAUCUCAAAGUGCCAGCGCCGCCAAUCCUCAACUACCAACACAGCUAGCCGUGUCUCCACAUUUACAUCAUCAAUGGGACAAUGUAUCAAAGGGCUCGCUUCAGUCAAGAAAGCUUUUAGCUGCAAAAAAGUCCAAACUACAGCCGCACCUUCUUUGAUCUCAUCUUCAUCGACGAUCUCUAAUGACUCCUAUCUUUCUGACCUUUCUGAUGACGAGCACUUUUCAAAAUCUUGCCCAGUAUCUGAAAAAUCUAUGGCCCUGGAUUCACUUAUCUUUGAUCAUCCUUCAGUCACAGUCCGCAUUAGUCCAGCUGCCUAUCGCUCAUCUUAA